AUGAUACUCCGUCCUGAAUAUUGCCACAAGAUUUUUCACUGUCGCGGUUCCAAGGCUGUCGCACUCCACAAAGAUUUUGGAUAUACGCUUCGUGAAGUUGGAGUGUUUUUAACCGAGAAUUAUGGAUUACRACGAGGACRUUCUGAAAGGAAUCUACAAGUCUUCUGUUCUUUGAGAGACAUUCAUCGGCACGACUACGGUAGGAUUUCCCGAACUUGCAUUGAUACCAUUGCGAGAGAACUUAUUCAGGAAGUUGGUCCAACGUAUGGAAGGCGAAUGUUUACAGGACUUCUUAGAAGUAGAGGUUUUCGAAUCGGCGAAAGAGCCGCACGUGGGGCGUUAACUAGAGUAGCACCUGUUUAUCAGGCACAAAGACGAAAUGGAACAGAACGACUUAGAAAUCCACUACCCUACUUCGCAGAGUAUGCAGGACACAAACUUCACAUGGACCAAAACGAGAAACUGGUUAUGUUUGGAUUAACACAUGUUUUGGCUGCUGAUGGGUACAGUGGGAAGAKUGUUGGAGCUUGCUCCAUGCCAAUAAAAAACAACAUGACUAUUUAUGAUAGUGUUUACAG